AUGGAAUUUGAUGAAGUGUUGGCCGAGAAUGACGGCCCUCCGGGUUGGAAAGCCCGGCGACGAAGAGAUGCAACAGCUGACGAUGCCUUCAUAUCCAAACGCGACAGGUUGGCAGAUGGAGGUGACAGUCGAAAGAGUCGUACCAUCCUACUGUGUCAUGAUGCGAAAAAUGGAAAACUUCCAUCUGCUAGUAGAGACAACGGUGUUUCAAUCUUCAAUCGGGUUCAUCGUAUUCUUGUGAACGGUUAA